AUGGGUCUACCAGAGAGCAAGAACCGAGUCGGCCUCGGCAGGGCACUCAUGAACUCAAACAACAAGACCCGCAGGCUCGCUGGUCGGGGGCGCGGCGCGGGCCGUGGCGGGUCGUCGGGGCCUGGUGAAGUCAUGCUCACGGAGAAGCACGAGGCCGACUGGUACAAGAUGCGGUCCAUCACGCAGCAGAACGAUCUUGACGAGUUCUUGACGACGGCCGAGCUGGCAGAUACAGACUUCACAGCCGAGAAAAUGGACAUGAAGAUCAUCCACAGCAGCCAAACCAACCCCUACCUCCUCAACCCCGACCAGGAGCGCACAACGCUCGCAAAGCACACCGAGUCCAAGCGCGAACUCACCGUGCCCCGCCGCCCCGCCUGGGACUCCAGCACCACGCCCGCCGAGCUCGACCGCGCCGAGAAGGACUCGUUCCUGCAGUGGCGCCGCGGGCUCGCCCAGCUCGAGGAGUCCAAAGACCUUCUCAUGACGCCGUUCGAGCGCAACCUCGAGGUGUGGCGCCAGCUGUGGCGCGUCAUUGAGCGCUCCGACCUCGUCGUGCAGAUUGUCGAUGCGCGCAACCCGCUGCUGUUCCGCUCAGAGGACCUCGAGAGGUAUGUCUUGGAGGUGGGUGCCGAGAAGAGGAACUUGCUGCUGGUGAAUAAGGCGGAUAUGAUGACGCUGGAGCAGAGGACGGUGUGGGCGGAGCACUUUGAGAGGGAGGGGAUUAGGUAUCGGUUCUUUUCGGCAGCGUUGGCGAAGCAGAGUAAUGAGGAGCUGGAGUUUAGUGAUGAUGGGGAGGAUAGCGGCGAUGAGGAGGUUGAGGUCGUGGAUGAGAAUGAGGAGGAGAUUGCCAAGAGCACCAAGGACUUGAAGAUCUCGAAGGAGCCUGCUGCUGCUGCUGGCGAAGAGGACUGGGAGGACGAUGCGUCUGACGCAGAGCCCGAAGAGCCCAUUCGGACGAGAAUCCUCACCAUUGACGAGCUGGAGGACCUCUUCCUCGAGCACGCCCCCGCACCUGAAGAAGACGCCGACCCCUCCGCCCCCCCGCGCAAAACCCAAAUCGGCCUCGUCGGCUACCCCAACGUCGGCAAAUCCUCCACCAUCAACGCCCUCAUCGGCGCCAAAAAGGUCUCCGUCUCCAGCACCCCCGGCAAGACAAAACACUUCCAAACCCUGCACCUCAGCGACCGCAUCAUCCUGUGCGACUGCCCCGGCCUCGUCUUCCCAAAUUUCGCAACCACCAAGGCCGAGCUCGUCUGCAACGGCGUCCUGCCCAUCGACCAGCUCAGAGAAUUCACCGGCCCCGCGGCACUCGUGGCGAAGCGCGUACCGAAGCCGUUUUUGGAGAAGGUGUACGGGAUCAAGAUUGUCACCCGCCCGCUCGAGGAGGGCGGCACGGGCAUACCCACCGGCGAGGAGCUGCUCUAUGCAUAUGCGAAGGCACGCGGGUUCACCAAGACGGGUGCGGGCAACCCCGACGAGAGCCGGGCUGCGCGCUACAUCUUGAAGGACUACGUCAACGGCAAGCUUCUGUUCUGCCACCCGCCCAACACCGACCCGCCCAUCGACGCGCUGCACUUCAACCGCGACCUCUACUCCGACGAGCACCUGCCGUCGCACCGGCGGACGGGCGAGGAGCACCACGACGACGAGGAGGAGGAGGGGGAGGGGGAUAUGGUGGUGCUGGGGCUCCAGGAGACGGGAAGGAAGAGUAGUAAUCUGGAUAGGCAGUUUUUUGGCGCGGCGGGAGGGUCGGCGGGGCAUCUGAGGAACCCGUUUCAUCAGGCGGCGGGGCAGGCGGGGGCGCUGCAGGGCGGGAAGGGCCUGUCGGGGAGGAAGGCGAGGACGAUGAUUGCGCUGGAUAAUGGGCUGAGUGCGGAGGAGGUGAGGGCGGUGAUGGGGAGUAAGAAGCAUUUUAAGAAGGGGAAGAAGAGGGAGAAGGUUUCGACGCAUGCGGACUUGUAG